ACCCGUUCUUCUUACGUCAAGAAAUUGAAGAUGCUAGCCUCCACGAAACAUCUCCGAGUGAUAACAAAAAGAAUGAUGAAUCUGAAAGUUACAAAGGUUUAGGUAAUGCAGCAGCUGUUCUGAAGAUCCAGUCGAUAUGGAGAGGAUACAUAGUUAGAAAACGUUUUAGUAAACCAGAUAUGAAACGAGAUGAAAAUUCAAAUGUACUGAAGGACAAGAAUCACGUGAUAUCUGCUGGUAAUCACGAAACGUCAUCUAGUGAUAUCCUUCAUGCUGUUAUAAGGAUACAAAGACUUUGGCGAGGUUACAGGACUAGAAGAAACUUGAAGAACUUCAAUUCUCGUAGCAAAAGACAUGCUGGUGGAAAUCUCGAUUCUGAUGCCAUGGUAUCAGCCGUUAUAAUCCAGAAGAUGUGGAGGGGUUUCAAAGCUAGGAAACUCAUGAAGAUGCAAAAAUCUAGUGAUGCUCACGCAUUUCCAAAACAGAUAAGUAGUGCCAUCGAUAAGGAUCACCAUGAUGCAUUGAUUGAUAAGUCUUUUGGUACAGAUACCAAGGAACACACUGAAAUGAAUACUUUGCUGGACGAAAUUCUUGAUUAUCCAGUCAUAGAAGAACAACAUCUGAUCGACACUUACCAGAACAAACUAUUGGACAAAAUAUCUGGCAAAGACGUCAAUGAAGACCUUGAAGUUUACAAAGCUUUAACAUCGAAAAGGGUAGAAGAACUGGAAUCUGAUGUGGAAAAAGAUCUGGAUACUAUACAUACAUCACCAUCAUCGAAACCUCAGGGGGUUAAACCUAAACUUGAAAGUCUAGCAGAAGAACCAACAGAUGAGAAUGAAUCUUCAAAACUAUAUACUUUUUGUUCGGUACCUUCGCCUAUACCAUGCGACUCAAAAGUUGUUGAAGGGAAACCGCUUUCUGAUUUAGUUGAAACAAUAGACAAAAUGGGAGAAGACACCGUUGAGAAAGCUCUGCAACAUUCAACGUCGGAUAAUCAGCUCACUGAAAAUGUUCAGAGCUCCAAUGCUCCUUCAAGGAGUGUGUCAUUAGAUACUAAAAGUGAAGAUAGUAAAGAAAAUAAUGCAAAGUUGCUUCACACUGGGGAGCUGCACGAUUCUUUGGUUUUACCUUUGCCAAGAGGAGUUACCGAGUCUUUGAAACAUAAGAGUGAUGGAACUAUUGCUGCGGAAGUUAAAACCAAAGAUGAAGUAGCAGAUAUGCUGUCGAAUGCUGGUCUUUUACACUCAGGAGAGUUCCAUGAUAGCAUAGUUCUGCCGUUCUCGAUUGCCAAGAUGAAAAAUUUGAAAGUUUCCGAAGUUUCCUCUGAUGCAGUUCCAGUUGUUUCUGCGAAUUUCGAGAAUGAUACGGGGCCAGUUGGUGUUCAAGUUCUUCAAGCUCCAGCGCCUGGAGCCGUGACGUCAGCACGCGCAGGCAGUCGCGUCAACUGUGAGGCGCAUGCGCAGCAGUCAGAUGUCUUCCCGCCUGCUGCGAUCGACGGGAAGAGGCUCAGUGCGAGCAUGGGAAGCGGCGACGGUCAGGCAACGGCGCAGCAAGACAUCAGCAUGGAAUCAGAGGCGGCGCGGAAGAUACAAGCGGGUUUCCGGGGCUACCAGGUCAGGAAACAGCUCAAGUUAAAGAGAAAAAUUUUUACAUUGGAUGAAACGGUGUUUGAGAGCCCUAUGUUGAAUCAAAUUGAACAUAUAUGGGGUGCCUUCAACUCAGAAGUGAAGAGCUUCUUGCAAGAGCAUCGCCAAAGGGUCAUAGCUGGGGAUCCGAACAGAUUGCUCAACCAGAUAGAAUUCAGACAGCGAUGUCUUGAAGAAUGUGCAGAUCAUUAA